AUGCACUCACAGGGCGGGCGGCGAGACGAGCACUGGCGCCGCAGCAGCCGCGGCGUCCCGGCGCUCGCCUCUCUGGCGACGCCCGUUGCUAAGCAACCAACACGAUGCCACUACCACUACGCACUAUGUGGAGACUGGGGACUGUUAGAAUUGGGGAAAUUUUACGAUCUCCGACGUUUUUCAAACAAAAGUAAAAUAGAAACAAUGGAAUUACAGAUUAAAAAAGACAGAGAAUACAUUACUUUAUUGGAAGAAAAGGUGGAAGAUAUGCAAAGAGAUAGUAGAAAAUCUAAUAUUGAAUUAAAAAAUGUACCAGCUACAGAAAAAGAGUCAAAGGAGGAGCUAUUGAGCAUGAUAUUACACUUAUCCAAACAUAUUGAUUGUAAAAUCGAGAAAUCAGACAUAAGAGAUUUUUAUAGAGUACGUACAAGAACAAGAAAUGGUGAAUUGGUAAAAAAUCCUCCGAUUAUAAUGGAACUCGACUCUAGUAUAUUGAAACGUGACAUAUUGGGAAAGACGAAGUUAUUCAAUACCAAGAACAAACAGAAAUUGCAUGCUAAACACUUAGGAUUCACGACCAAUGAAGAUACUCUAGUCUUUGCUACGGAACAACUAAGCCCCAAAGGCGCUAGACUUUUCUUUCUAGCAAGAGAUCUUUCUAAAUCAAAAUCUUACAAGUUUUGCUGGACGUCCUUUGGUCGGGUUUAUGUAAGAAAGGAUGAAAAAUGUUCUAUAAUAACAAUAAAAAAUGAGGCUCAAAUACACCACCUUCUCCAGGAAGCAUGA